AUGUUAAUAAAUAAAGAAUUAUAUUUAAUAUAAUGGAUAAUCAUAGCGCUCACACUUUCUUUGUUACUUCUCUUUGAUACCGUACUUAUUUAGAUUUCAAUUAUUGGAUCAUUAUUUUAUUUUACUUGGAAAUUAAGCCCAAAACGUUACCCAAAAUUAGGAAUUGAAAUUUCAAAAAUAAAUGCAACUUGUGUUGUAUUUGGAUUCCUUAUCUACUUUGCUUGGAUUAUCAGAGAGAAUCAUGUAGGAUUCAGUAUUUUCUUAAUGAAUUAAGUCUUAUUUCAUAUGGGUGAGAUGUUGCAUGUGGCAUUCUAUAAAUUCAAUUUAUUAAAAUGGGGAAGUAUAUAUUUUAAUAAUUAGGUUAUUUAAUCAAUCAUAGUUUUGGAUAUAAUUUAGCAAUAUCAUUCUCAAUAUCAGAAUAUUUUGUAGAAUCCUAUUUUUUCAAUAAGAAUUAUUAAACAUUGAUUUUAAUUGGUGUAUUAUGUACAUUGGUUGGACAUAUAUUUAGAAUUGGUGCAUUUAUAUCAGCAAAACAAAGUUUUCAUCAUUAAGUUUAAAGUAAAAAAGCAUCUGACCAUAUCUUGAUUACAACAGGAAUUUAUAAGUAUUAGCAUAUUGUUAUUUCAUAGAUUCAGCAGACACCCUAGUUAUUUUGGCUUUUUCAUAUAUUCUCUGGGAUAAUAAAUAAUAUUGUAGAAUCCUAUUUCCUUUAUUGCUUAUAUUCCUGUCUUAUAUAAAUUUUUUAUUUAGAGAAUUUAUUUAGAGGAAUAUUACCUUUAUUAAUUCUUUGGUCGUGCAUAUUAGGAUUAUAGUGAAAAUACACCCGUUUUGAUACCAUUUAUAGAGUAUUAUUUAAGAUUCUGA